UGUCUUACAAAAAUUUGAAAAACUUUUAUUUUUAUAAUAUUGAUUUUUUUCAUCUACUGGUAAGUCGGUAGUCUUUUUCCAAAUAUUCAUGGUUGCAUUUCUUUUCUGAUCUUUAAAAUAAAUGGAUAGUAAUUCAGCACUUACGAUUUUUAUAUCUGUUUUGUUACUUUAUGGUUUUUAAAAUUGGUUGAUAAAUAAAAAUAAGAAGUACUCUUUGUUCGUGUAAGGUUAACUCGUUAAUUUCAAAGAAAAUUGAAGCAACUGUCCAUAUUUGAUAUCUGAUUUGAAAUUUAUGAGAAUGAGUUUAUCCUUUAUUUUUUAAAGUGAUACCUUUUCUUUAAACAUUAAACGAAUUUUUGUUUUUGUGGUACAAAUUAAUUUAAAAUAAGUACUAAAAUAUGCGAAAAAUCUGAAUCGAUUCGGUUCGGCUUUAUAGAGCUUUUGUUUGAUCGAUAGAAUGCAUAUUAUCAUGUUCGCCAGAAAUGUAAAUACAAUUUAAUUUUUGACAAAAUAAAGGGUAAAAAUCAAAAUGAAAUUAACUAGCAAGACGGGUUUAAUAUCUGCGCCUUCCAUCAUUGUCGAUGCACACAAAAAGCAACAAGAAGUACAACUCAGGGCAUUUGCUAAACCAGCCCCGAUGACCGAGAAAUCUUAUUCUGGACUGUUUAAUCCAUAUCCAGGCGAAUGUUCGUUUUUGUGCAACCACCCGAUCGGCAGCCAGGCGAAGAUGUUGUUAAAACAAAUGAAGACCCACCUGAUUAACGGAAACUCGAGAAAACAGUUCAUGAAUGUGAAAGGGUACAAGAUCAAAACGCGUCAUCAAAAUGAAAUCACCAUAGAUGUGCACGACGAGUCCAGUUACUCGAUGAACCAGAUAGACAACGUUCCCGAGGAGUUGUUCAGAAGGCGUAACAGGUAUUUUGCAGACGGGAGUAGAAAAAAAUAUUUACAAUGCAGGUACACUGACACCGAUUCAAGACCUGCUACUCCGGUACGGAUUCUUUCCACCCCUUCCACCAGGGCAUCGCAUCCUAGACGGUGCGUAACGCCGGAAGCCGGUCGGCCACGUUUGGUACUAGAUUUACGCCGCACUCAAAGUCAGGAAACUAUUUCGAUUAGUGUUUCCCAUUACAAUCUAUCUUUAAUUCACGUGCAUCAAGAACCCAAUACGCUGGCUGCGUUUGAUGGAGCAAUUUCGCAUUCCAUAACUUUGUCCAGUCGUCAGACACGCCCCGUUACUCCGUUUAAAAGGCCAAGGAGCGCGAUUGGUAAUAUAAGGAGAGAGCCCGUUGUUUUGAGUAAAACUGACGAAUCGAGUCCUGAUAAGCAAGAGGCAAAACCAACAGACUGUGUUUCAAACGAUAAGUCCGAUGAAGAAAUUCGACGUCGUGGAAAGAAGCCAAAAAAGAAAAACAAAAAUGCUUCCAAAACACCAGUGUUGGAUACUUGCAGAGAUCCGGAAACUCAGAUGGCUACAAUCGGCACCAAUUCUUGGAACCACAGUGCGGAUCCACUCAUGGAACCGUUACACUCAAGAGCUGAGUCUGCUAGGAAACCUUCAGCAAAAAGUGAUCCUGACUCACAUAAUAACACUUGUGCCGAAAGAGGAAUUUUCGGACAGUUCCGAGGUGAAAUCAACGAGGAAUUGGUGGAUUGUGAACUGGAUUUCAAGAGGCGUUUAGCGCUGGAAGAAAUUCUUAAAACGGUUCCUCAAAAUAAAGACUGUUGCAUGGAACUAAUCAAACUUCAAGAAGAGCUAGCACCACCCGCCAUUAACAGCGACUUAUGGAUCUCGUUACCGAGGUCCUUUAAUAGAUCGAGUGUUAGAUUCGAAUUGCCUAUGAAUGGAAAGUCUUUGUCAGGUAUGACGCCAUUGGACUACGUCGCUAAUCAUUUAAGCAUAUCAUCGAAGCGAAAACUACUAUACAAUUGCAUCUUUAAUAAGUUUAAAUUAGAGACUGACACGAACAUCACUUACGAAAGAAAAAUAUCUGGAAAGGUAUUGCAGCAGGCCUUGGAUUUGCUAAUGGGACGUCCCAUGACGUCUGAGCAAUCUUCCCACUUUCAGAGACUGAUAGGAUGGCAAAAUGAUGAUAUUUUCGAUUUUCGCACAUUUUGCGGUGUAGCCGCAGUUUGCGAGCGAAUUAUGGCGCCGCUUUUCUCGCACCGCUAUCUCGACCGCAAAAGCGACCCUCCCGAUGAAGUAGAAUUAGCCGACUUUAAAACUCUAGAAAGGAAAAUUGACGGGCACAGGAUAGAUGAGAGGCUCCAUUCAAUUUUAAUCGCUAUCAAAUAUUCGUGAUGGCCUCAGUCUAAUACAGUGAACUCCGAUUAUAAAGUACCCUCUAGGACCAGAAAAUGAGUACGCUAUAAGCGGAAGUACGCUAUAAAAAAAAACAAAAAAAAUUAUGUAGGUAACUACAUAUUUUUAUUUUAUAUAAAAACUAAUAAACACUAAUAUAGGUACUAAAAAACUAAAGAAACUAAACUACCAAAACUAAAAACUUAUCUAUCUAUAUAAACUUUACAACACACAAGUAAAAAUACAUACUUUAUUCUUUCUGAGUAAAACAAAUUGUUAUUUUUGUCUGUUUAUUGUUUCUCAAUACAAAUUUCAUAUUUUUGAUGCGCUUCUCAACCUUCCAGGACGCUGGCAUAAUUAUCAUCAGCUACAUUAUCAGUAGAUUGUAAUAAAUUUGUAACAAUUAUAGCGGCACAAAGCGCUUCAGAAUAAUUUAGUACUUCGUCCUGUUGAACAUCAUCGACGCUUUCAUUACCAGGAUCAAUUUGAGGACCAAUUGGCUGUAAAACUUCAGUAAUAAUAUAUAAUAUCAUUAUCCGUUAAUAACUCCGUUGUUAUUAAAUUAUCAUCAACAGUUGGGAAGCUAUCCAGCUCCAGGAGGAUACAUUUCAAUGUUGGUUAGAUCUUGGCCGCUAUUGCACAACCAAUUACUUAGGGAAACCUAAGUCAUCGUCAUCGUCGUCAUUAUUUUUGUACUUCUCAAACCAUUGAACCAGAGGUAAGUCAUCGUCUGAAUCAAACACGAUUUUUUGUCGAUUUUAUGUCGAAAGCAGUUUGAAAUAGUGGUUGAAGUAACAUAAUUCAAAUAUUGUGCAAGUAAUUUUAUGCAGUCUAUCAUAUUUUCAAAUGACUGGAUCAAACGAUACAAAAAAUAUCUGGGGUAAUAUGUCUUAAGGCAUUUUAUUAUGCCCUGGUUGGACGACUGAGGUGCUAGCUGGACGCAAAAACUCUAAUCUGAUACUUUUUACAAAACUUUUGGAUUCCUCCUGCGUGUGUUUUUGCUGAGUCGAACUUGCUGACGUUUCGCCAAUCAUCCUGUUGGCUUCUUCAGAGCUUGACUAAAACUGGCUCGUAUUUUACUCUGUGCCUGCACAUAUAUUUUUUGAGUAGGACGGAGCUAAAUGAGGGGCAUAAACACCGUCUCGGAUGACUGAUUCCCAUAUUGGUGACAGGUAGAGACCUGAGUCGCGGUUAAGAUUAUUAGGUUGUUUAUAGUUUCUAUAGACUCUCGGAUUUUUCGUUGGUAGAAGAAUUGAUUACAUGCAAGAAUGUUAGUUUUAUUGAAUAAAAUUCUAUGUCCGGUUUCAUGUGUGUGUUCGGCAACAGCCGAUGAGUUUAUUUGACUUAGUCGUAAGGCUCUUUCGUGUUCUUUGAGUCUAGUUGAUAUCUUUCGUCCGGUCUCUCUAAUGUAUUCUUUGCCGCAUAUGCAUGGAAUGCUGUAAACUCCUGGCAUCUCAAAUGGAAUUUUGUCUUUGACAGACCGAAGAUGUUGAGAGAACUUUUGAUAUGUGGUCAGUGAUGUAUUUUUUGAUGGAAUGCUUAAUAUCUUUAAUGUGGAAAUUAUUAGAGAGAAGAGCAGAAGUAAGGUGUUUUAUUUCUGGGUUCGGUAAACAAGAGAGUUGAUAACCGAUGAUUUUUGGGCCGGAUGGUGAUGUGACCAUGCAUUAAGGUCUGUGUGCGUAGGUUUUCUGUAAACACAAUGACCCAAUAUUAGGUCUGAUUUUGUAUUGAUAAGAAUAUCUAAGAAUGGAAGGUUAUUACUAGUUUCCAACUCAAUGGUAAAACGUAUGUUAGGGUCUAUAGAGUUUAAAUGUUUAAGAAAGUCUACUAGCGUUUCUUAACCAUGAGGCCAUCGACUUAGCAUUUCCAUCAUUUUGGUUUUAGAUGAAAGGUGUCGAGAGCUUUCUUCUCAAAGGUUUCCAUAAAUAUAUUCUCAAUGACUGGUGAUAGUGGAGAAGCCAUAGCUGUACCCGACGUUUGUUCAAAAAUUUGACCGUUAUAAGAAAAAUAUGUUCCCGACAUGCAUUUUUCAAUUAAGGUUAGAAGGUUUGGUUCCAUAUUCUCGGACUUUGAUAUAUCUGAAAUGAUGUCGAGAGAUUCAGGAAUAGGAACUUUGGUAAAGAGGGAUUCUACGUCGAAACUAACUAGAAUAUCUUGUGUAUCUAAUGUAAUUCUUUUUAAUUGUUCAAUGAAAUGAAAGGAAUUAAGUACGAAACUGUCAGUUUUAAUAAGGAAGCUAGAUAUUUUGCUAGAGAAUAUGGUGGAGAACAAAUGGCGCUGACAAUAGGUCAAAGGGGUAAUCCUGGAUUGUAAAUCUUUAGGAGUCCGAAGAGACGAGGAAUUUUAGAGUCAUGAGGGAUAACAGAUUUUUCACGGAGUCUGAUAGAGCAUGAGCCUUACUAAUAGAUUUAAGGUUGCGUUCCAUAAAUGACGUAGGAUCUUUUUUAAGUUGACGAUCUGAUCCGUCUGUAAGAAUAUUUUGAAUCUAUCGUAGCAUUUCCUUCAUCUGCUUUUAGGAUUACGAUGUCUGGAUUGGAGAUUUUUGAUAUGGCAGUUUGUUUAGGAUAGACUCGGCAUUUGGUACAAUACGUGGGGCAAGGACGAAGUUGAAACCUUUUGAAAGAACUAAUUUUUCCGUUUCCGAAAGUUGGUGCGAUGAUACAUUUAUUACAGUGUUUGGUAGUUGAAAAAAGUUUGAUGGUUUUCCUAGUGUUGACAUUAGUUUUUCAAAUUUCUGAAUCAUGUUUGAAAAGGUAUCGAACUCGGAUGGGGACAAAAUAGAAGAAAUUUCAAUGUGUAGAGACAGAAGAGCCUUAUUGAUUUGGUCUAUUCCCUUACGGGUAUGAUUAAUUUUUUCUCGAAGUAAAGCGAAACUAGAUUUUCGAAGAAUUUUAUAAGCGGAUGUGAUUGUGACGUGAUGGGAUAUUUACAAAGUAACACAAAGGUCAGUGUACAGAGUAAUCUUACCAGUUUCAUUCGGUGAUCUUCUAACUUUCUGCAUUUGCGCUUGAUGUCUUCUGUUAUUUGAAAGAAUUAGAUUUUUUCGAUCAGAAGCACUAUUUUUCUAUUCUGACGUUCUAGUUUUUCAUCCCAAUCCUUUAAAUAAUUAUAAAAAAUUAUUUAAAAAAACCCAAACGGUGUACCUCAACUUCGACUGCUUCCCACCUAAACACUUUUCUCCUCUAAAUUUAAGGGUACGAUUUGUCAGCACAGCUUGUUUGUUAUCAUCUUCUGUUUCACCAGAAUUUUUUCUGAGGUUUAUGUUGUGACGAACUUUAAAACGUUCGAGCCAACCUGUCGAACAACUAAAACCCUCACCUUGUAAUCCCCUGGUGAAUUCUUCGACUUUUGAUUUCAGAACUGGAUCACUUAUUGCAAUAUUUUCAGGUCUUCGAACUUGAAACCAUCGUAACAGAGCUUUAUCUACAUCUGAACGUACAACAUUUCUAAUCUUUUUAAUCCCGUGCGAUUUACAGUCACUUGUUAUUUUGAUGUUUCGCGAUUUCUCCAAAUUGUAGAUAUUGUUGUUUUUGCCAAUUCCUUUUGUAUAGCAAUUUCCGCCUUACCGAUGCGACUCUCAAUACUUCUGAUAAUCUCUAUCUUUUCUUUUACAGUUAAAGACUUGCGCCGAUCCGCCAUUUUAACCAUAAACUCAAAAAACGUGCUAGCGCACCUUUUCAUAAAACAAUAAAGUGGAACUAUGGGCCGGACACGCACGUUUCAGAGAAAACCUCACAAAUUAUUACUGAAAAAUCCCCGAUUUUUUCUCGUACUUUAUAACCAGAACAAUAGUGAAAAUAUUUUGCUUUAUAACCGUAGUAGAAGUUAUAUGUGGUACGUAAUAUCCGCUGAAAAAUGAAAGAGUAUGUUAUAAACGGAGUUUACUGUAUAUAAAUUUAAUAUUAAUGUUAAUGUUCUUGUAAUGUCUAUUGAAAAUAUGUACUUAAUUAAGUGAAAUAAUUUGUAGGUCAUAGCUGCACACUGUAAUAACAAAUCUAUAUAUAGGAUGUUCCAUAUAUGGAACCAGUUAUAGAUAGAAGUGUGAAGACCUAUAAGAAUUUCUUAGUUCAGUAAUCUUUUAAUACUUAAGUAAUCGAACCAACAAAACUUUGCACACCUCAGUGUGUCACUUUAAACAUUUAAUUUGUAAUAUUUAUAUAUAUUCGACAGAUAGA